AUGGAUAACAUCGUUAGAUGGAUGGUGAGCACAGCAUAUGAAUCUCACAAUGUCGAUUAUGACCGAGUUUUUUUCGGGCGCGGCAAGAAAUUUCUUUGUAAACCACAUUUGGUAUCUCUUCUGGCUCCCGAACUUUACACGGGUCAUCAAGAAUCUCAACCGAGACUCCAUUUCAGGAGUUAUUCUAAGCGAAAAGUACCAUUUAGGAGUUUGAGUACGAUAAAUCAUCGAUAUAUCAGAAAACCCAUCGACUCCAAAGGAGCUCGGGUUGUACAAGAGGUCUCUCCAAAAAACUCGACCUUUGGCAUGCCAGAGGCUCUGCAAUGGUCGGCCAGCAACCUCAAGAACACGUACAGAGCACCAAAGAAUGGCGCGCUCGCCGGAGAAGAGACAGAGCAUCUCCAGACACAGCCACAAAUUUUCCUCGGUGAAAUCCCCACCGUAAAUCCGCCUCAAGAGGGCCACCAGCAAGCAGUCGAGCCCCACGGCCGAGACGCGCACCAUCUCGUGGGCCGCCAGGACAAGCUGCCUCCUGGCUGGGCCCACGAGCUUGUCGGCGAGGCUGACGAGCAAGCCGGUGAAAUACUCGUAGCCAUCGGUGACGAUGCCGUGCAGGUGCUUGAUGUGGACUUUGAAGAAAUUGGGCUCGGUUAA